AUGACAGAAGCUGGCGUAUUUUUAUCGGACGACAACUUAUGUGGUCAAACGUUGUUGCAGCUGGUUUCCAGAGGCAACGUCAUUUUAGCAGAAAUUCUUCAUCUUUCCCAGUCGGUUCCAUUCGUUUUCACGUCUGUCAAUGGCUUGAAUAAGUUUGCCGAAAUUAUAAAGGACUUUACGUACUUCCAAAUUCAAGAAGAAUUUGAGCGUGAAGUCGAAGCCAGCGAGAAGUUGCGAGAAUUGGAUGUCGAAUUUCGCGAACUCUAUGCCACCCAGCUGACAAGAUACUUUAACGCGUUUCUCGCUGUUCAUCAGUACAUCUCGGAUUUGAGCAGGUUCGCCGAUGAGGUGGAAGAAGGUUUCUACGUUCAUGACACCAUGGAGUCGAUUUCUCAGGAUCCAGACGGAAAGCAGCUGCUGGCAGAGUCGCUCUAUUUGCUGGGGAUUAUGCUAAUCAUUGUAGAUCUCAAGUUCAGCGGAGUGGUGCGAGAGCGCUUGCUAGUCAGUUAUCAUCGUUACAGGCGUGUCAACCUCAAAGACAACUAUAUAAAUUUUGUAAUUGGAAUGCUACGGUCUGAUGACAUUUAUCAGCAGUUGCUGACGUUUCCGUUACCGGAGCAUCGGAGCACAGCUUUGGCUGACCAAGGAGCCAUACUGUUUGUCUGCCUGUUUUUUACACCAGAAACGCUUCAUUCGAAUGCGCCGGUUAUGCGAGAAAUCGUUGAUAAAUACUUCUACGACAAUUGGACGAUAACCAUACAUUUGGGCAUGACCGUCAAUCUGUUCGAAGCCUGGGAGCCGUACAAAGCUGCGUAUAGCGCCUUGAACAUUACUUUACAGCCAGCUAUGGCUAAGCUAAAGGCCCAGAACUUCCACAGCGAAAUACAGGAGCUGAACAAAGAAAUUCAGCGCGACGUUUCAGAAGAUGUCUUGAAGGACGACUUUGUCUUGAUCAAUAUGAACAAAUUGAAACUAAAAGGGAUCUACUCAUCGAAAAUGCCAGAGGCGCAGCGACUUCAAGGCGAAGUGGCAGCAAAGCUCGGAGAGCUGAUCGAGGUUUUUUCCGGAUCUCGCCCCCUGUUGACCGUUCAGAAAAAUGACCGUAUUUGUGAAGACCUGGUUAAACUAAAGUCGCAGCUUCAGGAAGUAUGUUUUGACAAUCUCGCCAUUGCUGGGUACAAAGUACUUACACUGGUGAAGAACUUGGACGAGUUACAAGAGCUUCACGGAUUGGAUGCCCAAGAAAUUGUGCGUGAUUUUCUUAGCGGUGUUCGCAGCCUUAUGCACAUGAUGGUGCGCGUCAUUAAGCUGAACGAGGAUGCGCUCAUUAAGCUGCAGCUGAUCACGGACAUGUCUUAUGCUUGGGAAAUUAUAUACGGCUUCACGGAACGAAUGCAAAGGUUCGUGCAAAAAGAUCCAACUAUGUGUGUCAAAUUGCGUGCCGUAUUCCUUAAGCUCAGCUCCGGCAUCAGCUCACCGUUACUGCGCAUUCAACAGGCGAAGAGCAAGGAUUUUGGCUGGGUUUCGCACUUCUAUUCAAAACACCUGCUUGGUUUCGUGCGGCAUGUCCUGCAGAUUAUCCCACAGACCGUCUUCUCUUUGAUGGAACAAAUAAUCAAGUUGCAGGCCACCGGUUUCAAGGAAGUUCCAACACACGUACCAAAGGACCAUUUACGAGAUUAUGCCCAAGAUGAGGAGCGUUUUAAGAUAGCAAAAUUCACCAAUUCCGUAUCUGUUCUUGCCGAAGGCAUGCUGAUGUUGAAAACGACUGUACUUGGUGUCAUAGAAAUCGAUCCUAAGCAACUGCUUGAAGACGGCAUCCGCCAAGAGCUUGUCAAUGUUCUAGCAUCUCAGUUGCAUACCUCUUUGAUAUUCAGUCCUCGCUCUAAGCUCGAUUUGCUACCAAAGCUUCAGAAGUUGACGUCUAUCAUUGAGGCGUAUCGGCGGUCGUUUCACUACAUCUCUGAUUAUAUCGGACUUUGUGGCCUCAAAAUCUGGCAAGAGGAGUUGAAACGAGUCGUGUUUUUCAACGUUGAGCAAGAGUGCAACCACCUUCUUGGGCAAGAGGUGCGUUUUGCGUUCGUUUCUGGUUGUCCUCGAGUGCUGAGCAACGUUUAUGUUGUAAGUACGUGUUAUUGUCACGAGUUGGGCAUAUGGUUCGAUUCGAAAUCUCAAAAGGAGGUUCUGACGGCGAAACAGGCAUUCGAAGUUCUUUUGACUGCUUUGGGCAACGUCGGCGUUUGGGGACUAGAUCGAUACUACUCUUUUUUGAUUCUGCUCAAUUUCAAGGAAUUUUCACAGAUGAUAGUAACCAGCGUUGUCGGCAACCAACAGUUAACUGAUCUUCUGAACAAUAUCACCCCAAUCCAGAGUGUUCCUCCUACUGCCUUCGACCACUUUUGUAAAAACUAUCUCACCGCAUUUGGAAAGGCUUCAAGACAUUUCUUCGGCAUUUACGAAACUAUUUCGAAAAUCGGUAACCUGCAAGUGAUACGAAUACACCUGAUGAGGGUGCUGAACAAGUCGUGCAAGAUCAAUUCACGCUUGUACGAAGAUAUGUUACGAACCUUAAAUAAUUUAGAUUACGGAAAGGGCAGAAAGCCGGAUGCGAUCGAUUCAAUGCCAUUUGCUAUCGGAAUCAUGUCUAUUCUGAAACAAUGUGAAGAUAGACUCGUGGCUGCUUUUUGGGAUUACAGUUUGCAGUUCAUCAAGCUCUACUUAAUUGCUGAAUCGAGGUUUGGCUUUUAUUUACAAUGUGACACGAAGCUGAACGGGUUUGAAGCAUGGGUGUCAAUGAUGUUGAUAUAA